AUGGCAGAUUCCGAAUACGACAGUAGGACUAAUAUCUUUGCUGAUUCACGUACUUAUUACAGUACUGGAAACCACAGUCUCACCGAUUCAAACGUCAGGCAGUACAGGAGUUUCGCGAUGUCCAAAACAUCUAGUCCAAAAGCUGGAACGGGCGAAAAGGAUGUGCGCAAGAGACGAGCAUCACAUGACGAGAAGACAAAUCGACCCCGCAAAUUCAUAAUAGACGUGGAGGAGACGAAGCGGAUCUUGCUAGAACAAGAAGAUACAAACGGAGACAGUCAAAUCACCAUUCAGGAUUUGGGUCCCAAAACCCUGACCGUCGGCACGGCUAGUUCGGGUGGUCAUAGGAAGUUUGAGAUUCGCGGCACUUACAUGUUAAGCAAUCUUUUGCAAGAGUUGGCAUUGGCCGAAGGUUACGGACGUAAACAUGUGGUCCUGGAUGAAGCUCGAUUAAAUGAGAAUCCGGUGGAUCGUUUAUCUCGCAUGAUCAAAAACCUUUUCUGGGAUGGGCUGACCAGGAAGAUUGAUGCCGAAGGGUUAGAGGUGAUUUGCGCCGAUCCGAAAAACAGAACUGCCGAUCAUUCGCCGAGGAUCUAUAUUCCUCAUGGUGAAGAUGAAAUAUAUGAAUAUUAUAAAGGCGUCGCGGAAACUCGACCUCAUCUGAAGUUGGAAGUGGAAAAACUUCCAAAAGACAUUACCCCCGAAUAUGUGAAAAGCAUCAACGAUCGACCCGGUAUUCUCUCUUUGGCAAUGCAAAAAACUAUUGACGACAAAGGCAAUGUCACUUUCAAGGGCGUCCCUUUUGUUGUGCCCGGAGGUCGAUUUAACGAAAUGUAUGGAUGGGACUC